CACAAAUGAAAAGUGAAAGUAAAUGAUCAGAGCUGAAGUUUCGCCUUUUAAACAACCAGAAACGAUCAUUUACAACACGGAGCAUCAAAGUGUUUCAUAGGAACAUUUAUAAAAGCUAAAAUCUCGUAGAUUCUUGAGGGCAAAGUUGGAGGAUUUUGUGAAUCUGAAACUAAAUGAUCGAGAUCUCGAGACACUACAGCUGGAGAUCAGAUUCUGUUUCAUCAUGGAUGACACACAAACAUCCAGAGAUGAAGGUGUUUCUCCAGGAUGCAGUUCAUUUCAGCAGAAGAGAUCAGAACCAGAGUCCAGCUGUGUGUCUAUGAGGAGUGACUGGUCUAUGGGUCGUAUCAUAGAUUUUAAGAGUGGAGAUACACAGACUGAUCUCAGUUCAGUUCAGCAGAAGAGAUCAGAACCAAAGUCCAGCUGUGUGUCUAUGAGGAGUGACGCGUCUGUGAAUCAGACAUUAGAUUAUAAGAGUGAAGAUACAAAGACUGAACUCAGCAAUGAAGUACUCAACACGUUUAGAUCAAAUCUGAUGAAGAAGUUUAAGUGUCUGUAUGAGGGAACAGCGACGCAGGGAAACCCAACACUCCUGAAUGAGAUCUACACAGAGCUCUACAUCACAGAGAGUGAGAGUGGAGAGUUCAGUAAUGAGCAUGAGGUGAGACAGAUUGAGACACAAUCCAGGAGAACAGCAACAGAGGACACAGCCAUCAAAUGCAAUGACAUCUUUAGACCUUUACCUGGACAAGACAAAGCCAUCAGAACUGUGCUGACAAAGGGAGUCGCUGGCAUUGGAAAAACAGUCUCUGUGCAGAAGUUCAUCCUGGACUGGGCUGAAGGGAAAGAGAAUCAGGACGUCCAGCUUGUAUUUCCACUUCCUUUCAGAGAAAUCAACUUGAUGAAGGACAAAACACUCAGUCUUUCAGAUCUUCUUCAUGACUUUUUCCCUGAAACUAAAGAAAUGGAAAUAUUCAGUGACAAAUACAGAGUGCUGUUCAUCUUUGAUGGUCUGGAUGAGUGUCGUCUGUCUCUGGAUUUUAAGAGCAAAGUGAAACUGUGUAAUAUAUCUAAAUCAGCCUCAGUGGAUGUGCUGCUGAUGAACCUGAUUGUGGGGAAUCUGCUUCCCUCUGCUCUCAUCUGGAUCACCUCCAGACCAGCAGCAGCUGAUCUCGUCCCCUCUCAGUAUGUCCAUCGAGUGACAGAGGUACGAGGCUUCAAUGAUCCACAGAAGGAGGAAUACUUCAGGAAGAGAAUCAGUGAUCAGAGUCUGGCCGACAGGAUCAUCUCACACCUGAAGUCAUCAAGGAGCCUCUACAUCAUGUGCCACAUCCCAGUGUUCUGCUGGAUCUCAGCCGCUGUUCUAGAGAAGAUGUUGAGUCGAGCAGAGACUGGAGAGAUUCCCAAGACUCUCACUCAAAUGUACACACACUUCCUGAUCCUUCAGACCAACAUCAAACGUGAGAAGGACUAUGAGAAGAAGGUGACAGAUGAAGACAUGAUCCUCAAACUGGGGAAAGUGGCUUUUCAGCAGCUGGUGAAAGGAAACCUGAUCUUCUAUGAGGAAGACCUGAGAGAGUGUGGGAUUGAUGUGACAGAAGCAUCAGUGUACUCAGGAUUGUGCACUCAGAUCUUCAGAGAGGAGUUUGGCUUGUAUCAGGGGAAAGUCUUCUGCUUUGUUCAUCUGAGCAUUCAGGAACAUCUAGCAGCUCUAUAUGUGCACCUCUCCUGGACAAACCACAACAGAAAUGUGUUUGAGCAGAGUUUAUGGUCUAAAGUGAAGGACUGGUUUAAACUCAAUUCAUCAGAGCAUGUUUCAUUAUCUGAUCUGCAUCAGAGAGCUGUGGAUGAGGCUCUACAGAGUAAAAAUGGACAUCUGGAUCUUUUCCUGCGGUUCCUUCUGGGUUUGUCAGUGGAGUCUCAUCAGAUUCUCCUACGACAAAUAAUGAUGCUGAAAAAAAGCAGCUCUGACAGCAAUGAGGAAACAGUUGAGUACAUCAAGAAAAAGAUCAGGAUCAUUGACUCUCCAGAGAAAUCCAUCAAUCUGUUUCACUGUCUGAAUGAACUGGGUGAUCAUUCACUAGUGGAGGAAAUACAACAGUAUCUGAAAUCUGGAACAAUAAAGAACAACAAACUCUCUUCAUCUCAGUGGUCAGCUGUAGUUUUUGUGUUGUUGACAUCAGAGAAGAAGCUGGACGAGUUUGACAUUAAUGAAUUUGUUGGAGAAAACAAUAAAGCUGAAAAACUGAAAGUUCUUCAGUAUCUGCUGCCUGUGAUUAAAGUUCAUUUGAGUGAUUGUGGUGUCACAUAUGAAGAUUGUGCUGCUCUGACUUCAGUUCUGAGAUCAAACCCCUCACAGCUGAGAGAACUGGAUCUGAAUAAUAAAAAAAUAAGAGAUUUGGGCAUAAGGCUUCUCUCAAUCGUCCUGGAGGAUCCUCAAUGUAAACUGGAGAUAGUGUGGUUGAUGAAGUGUGGUGUCACAGAUGAAGGUUGUGCUGCUCUGACUUCAGCUCUGAGAUCAAACCCCUCACACCUGAGAUAUCUGGAUCUGUGUGUGAAUAAACUAGGAGAUUCAGGAUUGAUGUUCAUCUGUUCUGUACUGGAGGAUCCUCACUGUAAACUGGAGAAACUGUGGUUGAUGAAGUGUGGUGUCACAGAUGAAGGUUGUGCUGCUCUGACUUCAGCUCUGAGAUCAAACCCCUCACACCUGAGACAACUAGAUCUGUCUGUGAAUAAACUAGGAGAUUCAGGAUUGACGUUCAUCUGUUCUGUACUGGAGGAUCCUCACUGUAAACUGGAGACACUGUGGUUGAUGAAGUGUGGCGUCACAGAUGAAGGUUGUGCUGCUCUGACUUCAGCUCUGAGAUCAAACCCCUCACAGCUGAGACAACUGGAUCUGUCUGGGAAUAAACUAGGAGAAUCAGGAGUGAAGUUACUCUCUGAUCUGAAGGAUGAUCCACAUUAUAAACUGGAGACAUUUAGUCACUACCCUCAGUAUUGAGACGUCAGUCCAGUUUCCUCAGGAUCAGCUGAUGGUGAAUAAGGAGCCGCUACAGAGACGUCACAGUCACACAAUCAACACAGACUGAACACACAGAGACACACAGCAUCACACUCUCAUGUGUGUCGUGUUUCACUGUCUUGUUUUAUAAUGGACCAUGAAACUGAGUGCAGAAAAUGAGCAGUUUGGAAUCGUUUUGGAUUCACUAGAUAUUGACUACAAUGUAGAUGCUGUAACACUCAAUACACUGUAAACAAGUAAUGAUGAGUGAUCAAACUAAAACCUCCCAUUUUAAACAACAUGGACAUGGUGUGAAUAAGAGAUUUACUGUGCAAUACAGACAGCUUCGAUUUCAUAUUUUUAUGAUUAUUAUUAAAGUUUCCACCUAAAUCUUCA